CAAAAUGGCUUGCAAGUAUUCGAUCAUACAUUUUCUGGACGAAGAAGCAGUAGAAAUCGUGCCUGUUUCUUGGAUAAAGAAGGAGCUGACGGAAAGACCGAAUGCUUUUGGCCACCGACUAACUUCCCGGCAAAGCUUAUUAUGCGCGCAGCGUGUCCAGAUGAGAAGUACUCUCUCCAUGCAUGCAGAGUUAUGCAAACAUAUGAUAAUUAUGCAACAGCCAGGAUGUAUCUGCCAAAAGCUGAAUUUGAUUCGGAUAUUCAAUGCAAAAGCUCAAAUGAAUUGUUGGGCAAGCGCAAAAGAAAACCCAAAGCACAGUUCAAUUUAUCAUCUGAAGAAGAGGAAGAAAAUGAAGAAGAAGAGGAAGAAGAGGAAGAGGAGUCACAAAUCAAAAAAAUGA